AUGGUAUCUGUGGUCCGUGCCCAACAAGUCUUGUUCAAAACUCAACGUUUUAAUAAUAUUUCAUGGUUGAUUCGUCGUACGACUUCUUCUGCUCCUACUCCAACAACAACUGAACUAGCUCAAAAGGUUGGUCAUCAAGUUGCAGCUGAGAUUGUCGAUCCAGCGAAGAAGGUCAUCGCAGGUGCACCAUACAAAUCACUCUCAAUCGGUGUACCCAAAGAAACGUUUACGAAUGAAAAACGUGUCGCACUAACACCGACUGUCGUUUCGGCACUUGUCAAAAAAGGUUUUACUCUAAAUGUCGAAGAAAAUGCUGGUAUAGGUGCAUCAUUUCAUAACGAAGACUACCAAAACGCAGGCGCAAAGAUUGUUUCAAGAAAUGCGGCAUAUUCAUCAAACAUUAUUCUUAAAGUUCGACAACCAAGUUUUGAAGAUGUCAGUGUUUUUCAAGAGAAAUCAACACUGAUUUCAUUCAUAUAUCCAGUGCAAAGCAAAGCGAUCGUUGAUGAACUUGCAAAGAAACAAGCAAAUGUUUUUGCUAUGGAUUGUAUUCCUCGUAUAUCUCGAGCUCAAGUGUUCGAUGCUCUCAGUUCAAUGGCAAACAUCGCUGGAUAUAAAGCUGUUAUCGAAGCAGCAAAUAACUUCGGUCGAUUUUUUACUGGUCAAAUUACUGCGGCUGGAAAAUCGCCACCAGCAAAAAUUUUGGUUAUCGGUGGUGGAGUUGCAGGUCUAAGUGCCAUUGGUACAGCUCGUAACAUGAAAUCGUUCUACUGUAGUGGUGCAGUAGUUCGAGCGUUUGAUACACGUCCAACAGUCAAGGAACAAGUACAGUCAAUGGGUGCAGAAUUUCUUGAACUUCAUUUUAAAGGAAGCGAAAGUGGAGAAGGUUCUGGUGGUUACGCAAAAGAAAUGUCGCCAGAAUUUAUCGAAGCUGAAAUGGCGUUGUUUGCGAAACAAGCGAAAGAAGUUGACAUUAUUAUUACAACAGCUUUGAUUCCAGGCAAACCGGCUCCAAAAUUGAUUACAAAAGAAAUGAUUGAGAGUAUGAAGCCUGGUUCAGUUGUCGUAGACUUAGCUGCCGAAGCUGGUGGAAACAUCGAAACGACACGUCCAGGAGAAAAAUAUAUUUAUAAGGAUGUAGUUCAUAUUGGUUAUUCCGAUCUUCCAUCACGUUUACCUGGACAAUCAUCGAAUUUAUAUGCAAAUAACAUUUCGAAAUUUCUUUUAUCGAUUGGUAGUCAAGAUCAUUUUUACAUUGAUUUAAAUGACGAAGUUGUACGCGGUUCGUUGAUUUUACGCGAAGGUGAAUUGAUGUGGCCACCACCAAAACCAGCCGCUAUUGAAAAUCCUCUUUCGAAAGCUGCGAAGAAAGAAGUUAAACAAGAAGCCAAAGUUGCCGCAGAAGUUUUACCACCAAACUACUUUGCUCAAUACUUGAAAGAUUCAUUAUUAUAUACAUCAGGUCUCGGUGUACUUCUUGGCUUGGGUAUUGCUUCACCAAAUCCCCAAUUUGCCAAUAUGAUUACAACGUUUGCUCUGUCGGGUAUUGUUGGUUACCAUACAGUUUGGGGUGUUCAGCCAGCUUUACAUAGUCCUCUGAUGAGUGUAACCAAUGCUAUCAGUGGUAUUACUGCUGUCGGUGGUCUUCUAUUGAUGGGUGGUGGAUACUAUCCACAGACUAUUCCUCAAGGAUUGGCCACUGCUGCUGCAUUUAUAUCUAGUAUUAACAUCGGUGGUGGAUUUAUUAUUACACAACGAAUGUUGAAUAUGUUCAAACGGCCAACUGAUCCGCCUGAAUACAAUUAUUUGUAUUUAAUUCCGGGUGCAUCGUCAAUUGGUCUAUAUGCAUGGGCUAGUCAACAAGGAUACCAUGAUAUCAAUCAUUUAGCAUAUUUAGCAGCAUCACUCUGUUGUGUCGGUGCUCUUGGUGGCUUAAGCAAUCAAACAACAGCUCGUCUUGGUAAUUCACUUGGCAUGAUUGGUGUUUCAUUAGGUUUGGCUGCAACACUCGGUUCAAUUCAUCUCGACAUGCCAUUGAUCACACAGAUUGGUACAACUAUGGGUACGGGUGGUUUGAUUGGUGCACUCGUUGCUCGUCGUAUCGCAAUUACAGAUUUACCACAAUUAGUUGCCGCUUUUCACUCACUUGUCGGUAUGGCUGCUGUACUUACAUGUAUUUCGCAUUAUAUUGCUGAAUGCGAGCAUUUUGUCCAUGAUCCAGCCGCAUCAGUCAUCAAAACGGCUCUAUUCUUGGGUACAUACAUUGGUGGUAUUACAUUUUCUGGCUCAUUGAUUGCCUAUGCCAAAUUACAAGGUCUCAUGAGCGGUGCACCCAUCAUGUUACCAGGUCGUCAUGUAUUGAACACAGGUUUAGCAGCAGCCAACGUUGCUGCACUAGCUUACUAUAUGAUGAGCGCUGAUCCACUCGUUGGUAUUUCAAUGUUAGGCUUAACAUCAGCUUUAUCAAUGACCAUGGGUUUAACAUUGACUGUUGCCAUUGGUGGUGCUGACAUGCCUGUAGUUAUUACAGUACUUAACUCAUAUUCGGGUUGGGCAUUAUGUGCAGAAGGUUUUAUGCUCAACAAUUCAUUAAUGACAAUCGUUGGUGCUCUUAUUGGAAGCAGUGGUGCUAUUUUAUCGUACAUUAUGUGCAAAGCCAUGAAUCGUUCAUUACCUAAUGUCAUCCUUGGUGGUUACGGUACGGAUUCAACAGGUACUGGCAAAGCCAUGCAAAUCACCGGCACACACACUGAAGUUAAUGUUGACCAAACAAUCGAUCUUAUCAAAGAAUCAUCAUCAAUUAUCAUCACACCAGGCUAUGGUCUAUGCGUUGCUAAAGCACAAUAUCCAAUUGCUGAAAUGGUUGAUAUCUUACGUAAACAUGGUAAAACAGUACGUUUUGCUAUUCAUCCAGUAGCUGGUCGUAUGCCUGGUCAAUUGAACGUUCUAUUGGCUGAAGCAGGUGUUAGUUAUGAUAUUGUUCACGAAAUGGAAGAAGUCAAUCAUGAAUUUCCCAAUACUGAUCUUGUUCUCGUCAUUGGUGCUAAUGAUACCGUUAACUCAGCUGCUGAAGAAGAUCCAAAUAGUAUUAUUGCUGGUAUGCCUGUUCUUAAAGUCUGGCUUGCUAAACAAGUUGUCGUCAUGAAACGAUCACUUGGUGUUGGUUAUGCCGCUGUCGACAAUCCAGUCUUCUUCAAACCUAAUACUUCAAUGUUAUUAGGCGAUGCCAAGAAAACGUGUGACAAAUUAUUAGCGAAGCUCAAGGCUGACUAUGACGAAGGAGGAGCCAGCGGUUCCGCCUCUGAACCCUCAUCACCGUCCGGCAAAGCGCAUUAA